AUGGAUAAAGCAAAUCGCUCAAUUCCACCUGAAUUUGUUCUUCUAGGAUUCACAGAUAACCCUCAAAUGCAGCUCCCUCUUUUUUUGAUGUUUCUAAUCGUUUAUAUUGUCACCAUAGCAUGGAAUCUUGGAAUGAUUGUGUUAAUCUGCAUUGAAUCUCAACUUCACAACCCCAUGUAUUUUUUCCUGGGCAACUUGUCCUUUGUUGAUCUCUGCUACUCCUCAGCCAUUGCUCCCAAAAUGCUCUCUGACCUCCUAAGUAAGAUUAAAAGGAUUUCAUACAAUGGUUGUGCUAUACAGAUGUAUAUAUUUGGUUUCCUUGCAGAUGUAGAGUGUCUUUUGUUGGCUGUGAUUGCCUUUGAUCGGUAUGUGGCUAUCAGCAAUCCACUACAUUAUACAGCUGUUAUGUCCAGAAAGAGCUGCAAACAGCUGAUGAGUAUCGCAUACCUUGUAGGCAUGGUGGAUUCAAUGAUACACACUUGCAAUACAUUCCGACUGUCAUUUUGUCAAUCCAAUGUCCUCAAUCAUUUCUUCUGUGACAUUCCUCCUGUCCUGGCACUUUCGUGCUCUGAUACCUACAUCAAUGAGAUUGUGAUGUUCACCUUAAUUGGUUUUAUUAUAGGAAUCAGCAUUGGAAUGAUUCUUGUUUCGUAUACUUGCAUCCUGAGCACAAUCAUGAGAAUGCGCUCUGCUGAAGGCAGGCGGAAAGCUUUCUCCACCUGUGCCUCUCACCUGACAGCUGUAGGGCUAUUCCAUGGAACAAUGCUGUUCAUGUAUUUUCGACCCAGUUCCAGUUACUCAUUGGAUCAAGACAAAUGGGUGUCCAUGUUCUACACUAUAGUGAUCCCCAUGCUCAACCCUCUGAUCUACAGUCUGAGGAAUAAAGAUGUCAAAAAUGCCCUAGCAAAAAUAAAAGAGAAAAAGAGGAAUUUGGACUGGUGGGCUCCUGUCCUAGCGUCAUUAUUCACAGCCACUGACAAAUACGGAUAA